AUGUCGUAUAUUUCUCGCCUUGUCACGGGCGGUUCUCCGGUGUUAUGGUGUUGGCAUGGUGGCUGCUGCUUGCUGCGGGGCGUUUCUUUCGACUUGCUUCCCUUAACUGCAGCCAACCACUUAAGCUUCCCGUCUUCCUGCUGCGACGGCGGCAGGUGUUUUUGCUGGCUCUUGUGUCUUUCGCGGCUGUCGGUGCGCCGUUGGCUUUCGCUGCACUCGCUUUUCUCCCUGCUCGGCAGCUGUGGAAAGUCCGAUGACGUCAUUGGUGGUCUUGUCUUCUGGAGCUGUUGCUGUUCGCGUUCCUCUCGGCGCUCCCAUUGUCUUUUCGUGACGACGAAGGGGACCUUGAACUUGUUCUUGGAAAUUCUAUCUGCCGUCGGAUGCGCUCCUCCACAUAGCUUGCAACUUGGCUUGCAUGCCUUCUCGUGGUCCGCGUCGGGGUUGGCCUCCCCGCACGCGAAGCAUACUCUGGUCUCCGGGGUUGGACAUACGUCGAUGCGGUGUCCGACUUUUCCGCAACAUCUACACACUUCAUGAUGUUUCCUGUA